CGCCUGCCAGACAGCUGCAGCCAGCUCGCGGCAUGCGGAGCUUCGCUCGGGGGGUGCGUCCGUUUGACCAGCAUCGGUUUCAGCGACGCUAGUCGAUAGUCGGGGACUGGCCUUCAGCUCAGUGACAGUAAUUCGGUUUCGGCUCCCCUGGACAGCGAGGGAGAGAAUGAGAAUAGUGGAUUUUGUUUCUACUUGUAGGUACAGCGCAGCCGAAGAAGAAGGGAAGUCACUCCAAAAGAUUUUGACAUGAAGAAGGACAUAGACACAUUAAUAGCAGAGGAACGUGCUGAAAUCAUCUCAAAAUAUGACAAGGGAAGGCAGGAGGGUGUCAACAUUGACCCAUGGGAGGAUGCUGACUACAGCAUCUAUAAGGUCACCGACCGCUUUGGCUUCCUGCAUGAGGAGGAGCUGCCAACACCCACUGCACUUGAAGAGAAGCAAAAGCAUCAUGAGAUAGAGCGAGUGGAGAAAUGGUUGAAGAUGGUGAAGAAGUGGGACAAGUACAGGAACAGUGAAAAGUUGGUGAAGCGUGUGUAUAAAGGAAUCCCUCUGCAGCUGAGAGGCCAGGCCUGGGCUUUGCUUUUGGAUAUAGAGAAGGUCAAAAAAGAGAACGAUGGAAAAUAUGAGAGAAUGAAGCAGCAGGCUCGUAACUUCUCCACCGAGAUCAAACAGAUAGACUUAGACGUCAACAGAACCUUCAGGAACCAUAUCAUGUUCAUGGACCGCUUCGGAGUCAAGCAGCAGGCACUGUUUCACGUACUGGCAGCUUACUCCGUUUACAACACGGAGGUGAGCUACUGCCAGGGGAUGAGUCAGAUCGCUGCCAUCUUGCUCAUGUACCUGAAUGAGGAAGAUGCCUUCUGGGCUCUGUCUCAGCUCCUCAACAACAGCAAGCACGCCAUGCACGGAUUCUUCAUCCCCGGAUUUCCCAAACUGCAGCGUUUCCAGGCCCACCAUGAGCUGAUCCUCUCCAAAAUGCUGCCAAAGCUGAAGAAACACCUGGACAAGGAGCAGAUGACAACAGGGAUUUACACCACCAAAUGGUUUCUGCAGUGCUUCAUUGACAGAACCCCUUUCACCCUCACCCUACGUCUCUGGGACAUCUACAUAUUGGAGGGGGAGAAGACGCUAACCGCCAUGGCUUAUACAACCCUCAAGUUACACAAGAAGCGCCUGCAGAAGCUUCCAUUAGAAGACCUGAGGGAGUUUCUCCAGGAGCAGAUGGCUGUUUCUUUCUUCCUGCCUGAUGAUGUGGUGGUUGAACAGUUACAGGCUUCAAUGUCUGAGCUUCGCAGUAAAAAGCUGGACCAACCUCCUCCAGCCAAGUCAGACGAGCUGCCAAAGAAACCUCUGGGUCAAGAGAGACCAGUUCUGCUUCUGCCUCUGCAGCCCGACUCUCCUCUGGAGGUCAAAGUAAAUCUGCAGCCCCAAAGCCAACCCAAUACAGAGGCCCAGCAAACAGACAACAUCACCCUACACCAGACCCCGUCUCCUGCAGAGCCUCAGGACUCGAGAACACCUCCUCUGCCUUCACCUGACCCAGUUGUAGUCCACACAGAAGGGACACCGUCUCCUAGAAGGCUUUGUAGAGCACCUCCAUUACCUCCUAAAGCAGACAAACCAGGUGCUAAGGUGGGAUUGGACGGUGAUGUGAAGGAGUCGCCUCUGGAUGUUAGUCAGACUGAAGAUGUGAGAAAACAGGAGAACCAGUCUAAAGACCAAGAGGCCCAGGAGGAGGCUGUGGAUUGGCCUCCACCCUAUGAGCCUCCUCCUUUGGAUGCUCUUGUCAUGCAGACUGAGGAGGAGAUGAUGGAUCUUCCAGAUCUGCCACCUCCACCUUUCUUUUACACUGAGCAGAAUGACCAAAGGCCUGUGGGCAGUGAAUCUCCCAGCCUCGGGACCCCUCGCCGCUCUCCUUCCCCCCGCUCAGCCUCACCACUCGUCACUCAAAUGACGCUAUCCCCAAAACCAUGCCUCAAACCGAAGCCCAAACCCCCCACAUCUCUGGACCUCACACAGAAAAAGCCUCCUCCCUUAAAGCCUUCUCCUGCCCGUGCCAUCACAUCCUCCUCCUCUCCCAGACUCCCUCCCCCAAAACCAACCAAGUUCCCAGUCUCUCUCUACGUCCCGGGGCCCGCGGGUGACCGACGGCCCUCCAACACCUCCCAGUAUGACAACCUUUCCGAGGCUGACGAAGACGACCGCUACCUGGAGAGGCUGCUGGGCUCCACGCCUGAGGAAAUUUCCAGCAAACACGGGAAUCCCCCACAUACCGUUAACAGAGACUACGAUCCUGCUCUCUUCCCUGUGCCUCCACCUCCUGUGUUCAUCCCUCCCUCGCCUUCUCCUAUUCCUCCCUCGCUGUGCGCUCUCGCCAGUUUGCCUCAGGAGCCCGAAUACGAAGAGGAGGACAGCUGGGUGGAGGACUCCAUCAUCCCCCCUCCUCCAGCUAGCUUUGCUGACAAACUCACUCCCUUCCAGUGUAGUGCUGCCAGCUGUUCAGACACACACAGAGCCACCUCGCCCAGUUACUCCAAGCCUUUCUGUAGGGGCCCCAGGGACCAUUCUGCUUUUCCAGCUCCAUUAUUGUACACUGGGUCUCCCCCAGGCCACUCCAGGCCCUCAGGGCAGUCGGCGGUAGGUGUACCUUUAGUCCGAUCCAGCCCAGACUUUUGUAGGAUGCCUCCCAGUGGACAGCAACUGCCCAAAUCAGUGACCUUUUGAAGUUUUCAACUAUAAUUCACUGAUCAUACCGAGAUUAUUCGAACUCUCUUUAAUGCUUGAUUAGUUUUCAAAGCCAUUUGAGAGGUAAAAGGCCAGUAGCUAUUCAGUGUGUCAAAUGUUUGUGUGCGUGUGUGUGUGUGUGUGUGUGUGUGUGUGUGUGUGUGUGUGAAAGGACCUUUUUUCAUUGAUGUGUACAGAUUAUUGUGAUACUUGCACCUUUUUUUGUGAGGGCAGUCAACUUUUCUAAGUGUCAAACUUGUAUUUAAAACUGCUGUCCGUGUUACUGUUUGCUGCACAAAACUUCAGUGUUUUACCUUGCCUGCUCUUGUUAGUGUGCAAGACCAGACUUAGUCUUCAGUUCAAUUGGUGUUAACGUCAAUUUACUCAGAAAUAAGGUGAUCUAAUACCAGCUGAGUGUUCUGCUGUUGCUUCAUCCCCAGUUAGUUUCAUUUUGCUCCAAAAAAGUGUCUUAACCUGAUCGCGGUGCACUGAGAUUAACAACUCUUAUCACAAAGGGCUUUUGAGGAUGCAGAGUAAGGUCAUCUUUGCUAAAGCAGCCAAAGCCUAUACAUUUAUACUGUAUUUAUGGUAAUCUGUGAGCAGGCUCACACAUCUUAACAGUAUGUCAGACUGUAAUGAGUAACCGUUUCAUGAAACACAGUUUCUUUACUGGUCAAUACUUGAUAACAAAGGACCACUAAACAUGGUUGCACCCAAGCAGUUUGCAUACCAACUUUUUAAAAGAAUCGCUAAAGUUGUAACCACCAGCAACAGGGAAGACAUGGGGCACUAUGUCACUGGUGUAAAUAUGGAAGCUUGUUUUUCAUUCACAUGAAGCCGGUCUUAUUUUUUAGGUAGCAGUGGGUGCUCUGUGGGUACUUAGCUGCUUUUUCAUGUUUUGAAAUCAACUUAUUAGGACAAACAAUUUCAAAGUAAUGGUUUCAGUGCUAUAUUUGUUUUAAGGACACGUGAUUUCACAGCAAUAAUGUACUGUUUCAUGUACACAUACAUGCAUGUAUCAAGGCUAAAUAAGGUGGAAAUAUAAGACUAAACAGGAGUUUAAAGAAUGCAAUAUAUUGUCAGCACUGACAGUAAAGAUCCUUGUCACAGUAUUUAUAAAGAGUAGCUCCAUCUAGUGGUUAAAAGUGUUACAUAAUGAUAGUAACUGCCUUCAAAUUUUAAAAUGAAGUACAGUGACCAUGACAUAAAUGCUACCUAUAAUGCCUAUUUAUGAAUGUGCACAUUGUAAGCUAGACUUAAGGAUACAAGGACAGACCCUAUAUUAUACUGAUCUAUACUGUUACAGAGCGGGGAAAAAAGAAAAUUUAGCAAAAUUGAAUUUAUUCAUAUGCACAGUUAUAUUUUGGAGCCAUUACAGAAACUGUUGUAUCAAUUUAUUUUAAUUGCUCUGAGCAAAAGAGAAAUGGAAGUUGAGCCAUAACCAACUGUACAAGGACCUAACAGACAAACAUGUUUAUAUUGUUUUAUGCAGUUACAUAUUAUGUUAUAUACUUUGUCUAAACAUCAGUUUGUUUUUUGCACUGACCUUUGUUAUUACCAAGAGGUUUUGCAGUUCUCUUUAAGUUGAUUUAUAACAGAGUUGCAGGUCACUGUUAAAAAAAUAAUUUUCAUGUUUGAAAAUGAUGUUGACAGAUGUUUUGUUCAUGAACUUUGGUCUCGCUGCUGCGAUUCUUACCCAAAAGCUUGGAUCUGGGCCUGCACACAAGUAUGUUUGGCUCAAUGGAGUAUUCUUUAGUCACGUGACCUAACCACCAAUUGUACAUCACUGCUCCUUUUUAUGAAUCUGGUUGACAUCAGUGAUGCUGUGGCUCAGACCAAAGCUUAUGUACAUUUAUGCAACUACUUAUUUGAGUUUUAUAAAGAGAUAAUCCUUA